AGCUAGUGACGCCUGGAAGUACUCCCCUUUUCUAAUGUGCAAAGUCCAAGAUUUUGAAUUUUGAGACGUCGGAUUACUCAGUCGGGCGAGAUAGAAAGAUGUCAAAGCUGUCGGAAGAAAGCAACCAGUUACCCACAGAGCCGAUCACUGCAAUAGGAGUCGUCACGUCCCCCAGCAAAGCCCCAAAUGGCUACUAUGUUGUUGCACAAACAACAGAUGGCGCUGACGCCGACCUGUGGAAGGACGGCUUAUUCAAAUCCAAGGUCACCCGCUACCUCUGCUUCUCCAAAGAAACUAAGCCAGAAGUUGUUGUGGAUAUAAAGCUAAUUGACAGCAAGGAUCCAUUACCGGACUUCUUCACGGCCAUGCCAGAAACAAUUGACACAAAGGAAGCUGCCAUGAGGAAGAGGAGGCUGUGUGUGAAAAUGAUGCCUCGAGAGGCUGCUGAGACGGCUGUCUAUGACAUACAGAUCACCACCAAAUCCAAGUACCAGGUGGUGAACUACACAUGUAAAGGUGAAAUAAACAGUAUGGGAAUAUGGUGCAAGAUGGGAGAUGUUGCUCGUAAGUUAAAUCAGCGGGCGCCCGCCCCUCUUCCGUCUGAGGCCCAGAUCAACCCACCAAGGCGGAUCAUGAGCAGUCCACUCUAUGAGCAACUGGGUGGAGGGAUCUACACCAUGACAGCUCUGGACGACGUGCCUUUUACAGUCUCUGAGAAGUUUCGUGGAAAAAUCAAAGAGAUGCAGCAAGUCAAUUUAAUGGGCAUUACGAUCAAAUCCCUGGCAGAGAUCGAGGAGGAAUUUCACUACAACUUUGGCACAGAGAGAAGUGUCGCUCUGUAGUCCCCUGCUGUCUGCAACAGAACAGAAAACCAACGGUGAUGAUGUGUAAAAGAAAUUGUUAAUUAAAUGACUCAAAGCCCAAUGAUGAUCUAUUGUUUUUUUGCUCAAAUUGUUUUUUGGUUUUCCAUGGAUUAAACUGUUUUUUGUGUGACAUUGUAUCCCAAAAAGUACCUCAACAUCUUUUUUGUUUUCAAUAAAAUUAUAUAAUUUUGCAUUUUUUCUGCAGUUAUUUGCAUUUGAUGUAGAUUCUAUAAAUGGAGGACUACAAGAUGAGUUCUGUGACUCAUAAAAGUUGCUCACAGUUAAGUAAAUGCAUUUGUUAAAGUGAAAUAGCAUUGGUCUGUUGACAGUGAGAUGCAGUCAGGUAGGAUAAAAAGAAAGAGCAGAGCUUCAUCAAAGAGACGAGAUUCCUCUGGUGCCUCCAGAACAAACGUCUCUCCAUCAAGAAGUUUCUCAUGAGCAGCGUGCAGCAAGAACGGACAGAGAUUUUUUCCUUAAGACAUCCACCCACAUCAGCAGGAACUCCUUCACUCAGUCACAGUUUAUUUUUUUGUUUAAAAAUGACAUUUAUGAAUAAUCUAUAUUAUAAUUUGGCGAAAAAUCAUUUUAAAAAUGUAUUUAUUUGCAUAAAAAUUCAAAUUUGUAUAGACUGAGCUGAACACUUUAAUGUGCAAAAAGCAUUUAUUUUUUUUUACAACAAUCUGUAUCAUAUAAAUCAUUGUGAGUUGUUUAUUCUGGAAUACACAGUGAGAAGAUGUUUAGCAGGAAAAACACAUUCAUUUCUGUAAAUUGGUCUUUCCUUCUGCUCCGUUUGUGAAACGAGGCUUUGUGUGAACAGUGUGGGGAAUUAUUUUGCUAACAAAGUUCCUAAUGGCUUUUAAUACUCACAGGUGUUUAGUGAGGCAUAUAGCACAUGACAACCCGCAGCGAGCGUGUGUGACUCUGUUCUGCAGCUAAAAUCAGAGUGACGGUCGGAGGAAUCCUCUGCAGAGGGAGCAGCUUUCACGCUCCUUCACGAAGGUGACACUCAUGUCAGUGAUGCCCCGGAGCACAGCAGCACAGCGACAGGCUCCAGCAGAUUUCCUCCCUGCUGUUUUAAUGCGGCAUAUAUAGAGCGUGCCAUAUGUAUCCAAACUCCCACUACUGAACUGCUGAGCGGCGCUAACUCUUUUCCCGUUUGGCUUUAGGAUUUCCUGAAAUGAAAACACAUCACUCAGACUUACCUUAAACAUUUUUUGGUUUUGUUUUUGUCAUCAAUUUUAUAGUUACUUAUGAAAAAUACAACUAAACAUGCCACAAAAUGUAAUAAUUUAAAGAUUUACUUAUAUAGCCUUUUUUUCCCUUUCAUUUAAUAAUUUUCAGUUAACGGGGCAGUCAAUCUAUACAAUUAAACACAACACAGCCAUGUACAAAUAUGUGUAGAUUUUCUUGUAAUAUAAAAUUAAACUCUGAAAUACUGUUGAGGUAAGAAUGGGUGUUUAGAACAUUUCUGCUACAAAUACUAUGCUUGCCAGAUACAAAGUCAUAUGCUGUAAUUAAAAAUAAAAAAGUAUUUAAAAAA